AUGCCAGAAAAGAUCUUCUCAUGUGCAAAAUUCAAUCUUGACGCUCUGCUAUCCCUCGCCAGAGGAAUUCGGGGUCGAGCAUGCACCUGCAACGUAUCUGCCGCCCCGAAAACGGGAAGCAUGAACUGGGCCAUCUUCAUCUCCUUUGACGAUGGGCUUGACUGGGUCUUUCGCUCCCCGCGCAGUGGUCACCAUGCUAUCGUCUCAGACGAGUCUGCACAGAAAAUGCUUCUCAGUGAAGUUGCGACGCUGAAGUUUCAGAAGAAACAUACGUCGGUCCCUAUUCCGGAAGUGUUCUCCUUCAGUGGAUCGUAUGAUAAUCCUGUUGGAGUGCCAUAUAUUCUUAUGAGCAAAGCAACUGGGCGCCCGUUAUCUGAUUAUGACUGGACCGAAAUUUCGCGCCGAACACCAGGAUACCCACAACUUCGCCCACUCCUACCGCUGCCAGAUGGAAUAAGAGAAAAGGUUAUGAGGCAGCUAGGAACUAUUAUGGCACAACUAUCAACACUUCGUUUUGAUAAGAUCGGGUCUUUAUUUGAAGAUUGCAACGGCAAUUAUGUGGUCGGCGAGUGCCUCUCGCCGACACUUCUCUGGCAAGAGAGAGACUCACUCGACGGCAUAGAGCGUGGUCCUUUCCUGCAGGAGAGCCAAUAUUUAGAGUCUCUCGUUACGGCCUUUAUAUCCCAUGCCAUAGAGCUUCCGCUUUCGCCCCAUGCCUUUUUUGCACCAAUUCCUGAUUACUCCGAAUAUUCAAGCUGGUCGAGCUACAGAGCGGCCGUAAGCCGUUGGAACGACUAUGUCGCGAUUGGUGCCAAAAUUGAAAACAGCAAGAAUCGCCUAUCCUACUGUCUCGCUGGUCAGGUGCUACAGCAGAUGAUCCCACAUCUCUCUACAUCAAAUGGACAGUAUACAUUGUCUCAUCCCGAUCUUCAUCUCGGUAACAUAUUUGUCGACGAGAACUUCGACAUCGCGUGUCUGAUAGACUGGGGCUCUGCAUCGACUGGCCCCGUCACCGAACUCCUUGCUACGCCAGGUCUUGGAACCUCAAUCUCCGAACCUCCAGAACAGCUAAUCACCGCUUUUAGGUCUGGGUUCAGUCCAGAGCAUAUACCACCAGGAUCCUGGGAGAAAGCAAGCAUGAUGUGGUACUUCUCACGGCUGGUUCGCUUGCUGUCUACACAAGACUACAAUAUAUUUCAAGCCCUUUACAAGCUUGUCUAUUGCACAGACGGCAAGGAGCCAGACAUCCCAGGGCUUUUCCAUGAACUGGCAGCGGAAGAGAAGAAUCAACGUCUCUUCGCGAUGUUGCGCGUUGAUGAUUACACGAUGUCGGAAUUGGAGCAGGAAGAGGCCGCUGCAUUUGGUAAUUCUAGGGCUAAUAAAAGCGAUAGCCGUGCAGUUUCGAGGAAACUCACGGUAAUGUGCGAAAUAAACCACAGCUUUCUCGCAAGCUCGAAAUUAUGGCGGUGGGUUGAGCAAGCAUUGGAGCCAACUGGCUCCACAUGA